UCAUAUUUUAUGAAUAAACAUACGAGAUAGCUAGGUUUAUGAAAUAUUAUACUGUGCAAAUUUGAUUGUUUAUGCCCAUUAGAAGCAAUUCAAGGUGCUCAAGAACAAUUACAAGUUAGCAUGUAUUCAUAGUUGAAUUCUACUUUUUAUGUAGAGUGCUUGAAAAUGGUAUUCUCCAACUACAUGCCUGCCCAUGCAUUGCCCAGGAAAGGCUGGGCUGCUGUACAGAAUAUUACUCAAUUAUCAGAUGGUGCUUGCACAGUCAAACUUGAGGCAAGGGCUGACUGUGAUUCAGUCCCUGUGCCUGAAAUAUGUACAGUGUACAUCAAGGAGGAGCUUAAAGAAGAUUGGGAGGACAUAACAUUAAAAGAUGAGCCUAUUUAUUUUGAAGAUGAUCAGGAUGUCGACCUGGAUUUCUUGACAUCUGUGGCAACUUCAGAAGACCCUGUUGCUGUUAAUGAUCUGUUGACAACUAAAAGAUCUUCAGAAGUUACUAAUGCUGUUGAUGAUCUGUUGGCAACUAAAAGAUCUUUAGAAGUUGCUGAUGCUGUUGACGACCUGUUGGCAACUAACAGAUCUUUAGAAGUUGCUGAUGCUGUUGAAGAUUUGUCCACAUCUGAGGGAUCUGUUAGAAAUGCUGGUGAUGGGGAUGAAAGGCCUCUAUUUAAAGCUGUAUCUAGAGAUGCUACUUGCAGGAGCAGGUUGUUUAAGCCAGAAGAUGCUAAAGAUGUUGCUUGCUUGAGCAAAUCUUCUACCCCUGAAGCAGUAUCAGAAGUUGCUGCUGAUGGUCGAGCACAGCCUGCACUAAAAGAUUUUAACGACGUAUUUCAAUUGAUGGCCAAUGGGCCACGUCACCCUACCAUUCGUCAAGCCGCUGAGGUUGCAUUUGAUGUACUGACUUGCCCUGCACGGCCGGAGUGCAGUAAUGGGAUGGAUUGUUCCUGAUAAUUUUACUCGUCGUCAUCUCUCAUUUCAAGAUGUUUGUCUGGGAGCUGUCGCAGGUUCUACUCAGUAGACUAGAUUGUGAUGGAUUAUAACGGAGCCGCUGCUAUAGGUAACUUACAAUUUGCUACUAUAAAGUGAUAUGUGGCCUACACAUCAAUAUAAGAGAA